UAUAUAUAUAUAUAUAUAUGUGUGUGUGUGUGUCUGUAUAAAUAUGUAAGUGUAUGUAUGUAUAGUAUAGUAUAGUUUAAGAAAUUCUAUUUUGUUUAACAAUUUACUUUAAGAUGAAUGUAGCCUAUCUGUUAAAGAAAACGUUGUUUGAUGUAAAUGAAGUGGUUUGGACACGUGUUUGAUGUAAAUAAGUGAUUGAUGUAAAUAAGUGGGCUGGACAUUUAUAUGACUGAAAGAAGAAACAUGCAGAACAUAUAAUUUCUUCAAUGUCUCUAUGAGAGCCAACACUGACAUUUUGAGGAACAAACCACCACAGCAACCAAGAAGACGGAAGAGGAGGAAGAGGGAACAUUGUUUCUAAACCCAUUGGAGGUUUAUAUUGUAUUUUAAGACGUCUGCCAAGUCUUAGACGAUAUAAUGCAUGGAGAGACUUUUAAUGAGGUCUUCAAUAUAAGCUAUGAUUAUAACUAUACAAAUGAAGACUAUUAUCCUUUGGUGGCAUUAGAGGAGGAGAAUUCUUCAUUUGGGAUAAUCAACGCUGUUUGCUGCAGUCUCAUCAUCUGCAUCAGUCUACCCGGAAACGGCUUUUUGCUUUGGGUGGUCUCGAAAAAAGUGGGUUUGAGCAGCUCUGCUGAUUAUUUACUCCUCCAUCUGACAGUGUCCGACCUCAUCUUCACCUUCACGCUGGUUCCCUGGACCGUCAAUCAUAUCCGGGGGUGGAUUUUUGGGUAUCUGGCCUGCAAGCUGUUCACCUGGUGCGUCUUUUUGGGCCUGUACAGCUACGUGAUGUUCCUCACAGUCAUGACGGUGCACCGAUACGUGGCGGUGGUGUAUCCGGUGUUCGCUUCGACUCUAGGGAACCGUAGCAGAAUGUACGCACACGUCUCGUCUGCCGUGGCGUGGCUGAUCUCUGUGGGCUUCAGUCUGCCUGAAAUGGUCUUCUCUGGAACUGUGGAUGGACCUGACGGCAUAUAUUGCGUUCCCAGCUAUAACUCAAUGCUUGUCGAGUUGUUCGGAUAUUUCAGUCAGAUAAUUCUCUUUUUCCUGCUGCCAUUCCUGGUGAUUGUGUUCUGCCACGCACGGAUGGGUCUUGCCAUCCUUCAGAGUCGCAUCCAGAGCAGAAACCAGGCCGUAUGCAUCAUCCUAAGCAUCGCAGUGGGAUUCUUCAUCUGCUGGGCGCCAUAUAACAUCUUCCUCUUCCUCGUCUCCUUAAGGUCUCUAGGCGUUUUAGCAUUGAAAGGGAGCGUUUUGGAGAUCGUCUACUGCAUCAGUCACGUUCUGGCGUAUUCCCACUGCUGUCUGAAUCCGCUCGUCCAUAUCUUCGGAGGGAGGAAGUUCAGGAAUCACCUGUUCGGGAGAAGAGGUUUCCGUCGGCUCUCGCAGAGGCUCAGCACACAGACGUUUAGCAACCCCAGCAGCCUCUCGGGCCAUCUCUGAUCACGUCAGAGGUCACAAUGUCAUUUCGUUGACGUUUACAGCGCAGACGAUUGGCUCAGAAAGUUAUUGAGAUGCAUAAAAGACGGCUAGCAGAGGUUUUACAAUUCAACAAUCAAGCAAAAAAAUUCAAAAGAAACCAAAAAAAAAAUCAAAGGAGGUGUUUAAAUUGAAACUUAAAUUGAAACAAAGCAUAGCAAAAAAAACUCUGGAAAAGACAGUGAAUUAUUAGAAAUGGCAUUCAUGUUGGUUUCGUAUAUUUAAAAAAAGUUUAGCAGUGUAACUAUGAAAGUAAAAAAAAAACUAACACAAAAUAUAUUAAAAAACAUAUAUUCAGCCAUGUUUUAUGGUUCUUCCUACAACAUAAAAAUGUUUUUUUUAUCUAUUUUCUGGAUUGUAAUGUCUGGACGGUCUUUAAAUGUCAUCAUAAUGUCAAAAUAUAUUGAUUAAAAACUUA